GGGGGUUUUAAGCCCCCGCCAGCUACUUGAGCUGUCGUCAGUCGUCGACAACACUUGCUCCAAAGCACACAUAUCUCAAUCAAGCGGGCGCACUAAUUGGUUUGGAACUUGUCAAGUUUUUCUGGGGGGGAUUGCAGUGCUGUCGCACAAUUCGAUCCUGCAUUCUACUGUGUGCGAAUUGACUCAAGCAGCAAUAAGAUGGCAGAUGUCUCGCAACACAACCAACUUCUUCUCUCCGAGUGCUACAGAGGCUCCAGCCCGCGCAGUGCCUCCACUCCUGGUCCGGCGGCUCCCGACAGCCCGGCCAAUUCGGCGUCCGGCCGCUUCUCGGCUUCACCGUCCGUGGCGGCCGCUCUUCUCUCGCCGUCCGGCCCCAAUUGUUUCUCGUCCAACUACCACUACUCGCCGUACCACCACCACCAUCACGCCAUGAGCAGCCAGCACCAUCCGGCAGCUCUGGGCCUCAUGGGCUCCUUCCUCAGCGUUGGUUCCUAUCCUUACGCGGCGCUGGCCGCUGCGGCCGCCGCUGCCGCCGCUGGAAUGGCCGGCCACCACCUAGCCCCACCGCUGGCGCCUCCGCCUCUGCUGCAUCCGCUCAACCGCAUCCGGCAGCAAUCGUCACCAACGUCCCAGUCUCCAGUCUCCAGAGUUCUGCCCUUUUCCGUUGAGAACAUCCUGAAGCCGGAAUUCGGUCGCAAUCAGCCGUCCAGCCAUGACUCGACUCCAGCAGAGACGGCCGACCAGCCGGAAAGCGUCGAGAUGAAACCACUGGGCAGAGAGCCCAUCAAGAGGACGGCCUCCAAUGCCGGAAUCACCAGCCCUUCGUCUUCGCUGGGCAACAAGCGCGUGAAAUCGUCCCUUUCCGUCUCGCCAGCGCCUCAGAUGAGCAAGAAAAUCAUCACGUCGCCCGUCUCCAUCAAGGCUGACCCUGCUGAUCUGUCGGGACGGACGAGCAGCUGCACCGAUUCCUCGUCGUUUUCGUCCGGCGAAGGCAGCAGCCACGGCAAAGAUGGCGAACAGUCGACCGGAUCCACCGAACUGCCAACCGAUCCUACCAAAAUGACCGAUCCAGCCAAAUGGCCCGCUUGGAUCUUCUGCACUCGCUACUCUGAUCGACCGUCCUCUGGUCCGCGAUUGCGACGCACCAAAAAAGACCGGAACGCCGAGGAGAAGCGCCCGCGGACGGCUUUCACGUCGGAGCAAUUAGCCCGUCUCAAAAACGAGUUCACGGAGAAUCGUUACCUGAACGAGAAGCGACGCCAAGAGCUGGCCAACGAAUUGCAAUUGCACGAGAACCAGAUCAAGAUCUGGUUCCAGAACAAGCGGGCCAAAAUCAAGAAAACCACCGGCCAGAAGAAUCCCCUGGCGCUCCAGCUCAUGGCUCAGGGUCUCUACAAUCACUCGACUGUCCCAGUCGGCGAGGAGGAGGAAGACGAAGCGUUCUACGCCUCCCAUCAGCAGCACCAGCAACAGCAGAGGGAACAGCACAGUGAAUAAAUAAGCAGCAGCCAGCAGCCUAUGCAAGUAUAAAUAUGCACGCUCGUGCUGUGCUCGUGGGUCAUUCUUCAAUCAAAACAAACGUCUACACGAUUCACUCGUUCAAUUCGCCAAAGAAGAUUUCAGCCAAUUUGUUAUUUGAAUGGCUCGACUCUCUCUCAUCACCUUCUUAGACUCUUCUACGCUACUUCGAUUGCGGUUCCAUACAGAGCAGUUGAUUUCGCUCGAGGUUCCCGAAGAAUAAGCCCCCCUGACUUUUCAAAGCAGUAUUUAAAUGUUUGUUUGUUUGUUUUUUGGUUUAGCUGUCGUGCCAUAAUGGUUCAGUUUUUCAGUUGACAUCUGCUGACUGUAGACGAAAUAGUAUAUAUACAUACUAGACAACAUAACAAAGCCCUAUUAUCUAUGAUCGCAUAUAAUAUGACAUGCCCAGUUGAAAUUCACUCUCUUUUCAUUCAAUUAUACGUUGCAAACAUUACUUUAUAAUAUCAAAUCUCAUCUAUUGAUUCCUAUCGUGUUUCGAGCAACUGUGGAUUUUUGAAAGGUCGCAAUAUUAUUAUCGUGUCGCGUUGUAUUCCUCUGUAAUCAUUAUUAUUUGUUUCCAUUGUGUUACAUUUCAUACUUACCACAUGCAGUGCUGUAUAUCUGUGAAUAAAAUCUUCAUUACUCGCUA